CUUCUCCUUGUUGCCCGUUAGCUAACGAUCUGAACAAAGACAGCAGACAAAGUAAAGGCACAGAGUAGUGAAUAUUUCUACACCACAACAAAGCCUCUCGAACCCAUUAAAAGUCACUACUCAUGUGCAAAUAAAAAACUCUCGAUACGUCAACGAAGACAACAUUUAAAUUUUUUUUAUUCGCCAAUAUGUGUCCUAUAUUCCGUUUUUAGAUGGCUUCGUUCGCUUCCUCCAACCUUUGCAUCGUGACCCCGUUCAAUGAUCGUUGUACUCAUACCAACUAUUACCAUUUCCUUUUCAACGUACCAGUAAACACCCUAAUACCACCGAAAACGACUCCCUAUACCACCUAUACCACCUAGAAUUACAGCCCGCAGCACAAUAGCGACUACCUGGUCGAACCGGAGUCCCACUCUUGAUACCCAUUUUCCUACCGAGAUCCCGAGGUCGACGAGCUCUUUACGAUAACGCGCGCUCCACUAGAGAAUGGAUGAUCCUGGAUGGUCAUGGCCUGCUUGGAAGUUUGGAAUGAAGAGGGAUGACCUCUUCACUGGACUCCACGAUAAAUACAACACAAUCGCCUUCUCUAUCCAGGACCCCGAGGCGUUCCAUCACGAUGUUUACGAGAUCUCCAAUACCGCGAGCACAGUCGAUGAGUUCCACCGCAUGCUGGCUGACCGCAAGCAGCUUCGCCUGAACGAGCUAAACCAGAGCCUAGAGUCUGCCUCUGUCGAGAUCAUCGCUAACCCGAGCCUUAUCGGUACUCAGCAGUGGCAGUAUGCGCUCCAGCUUUUCCGUACCAAGUCCUUGGACUCCCUUGUAAGAUACUUCGCGUCAUACCUCCCGGACGACCAUCCCUGGCAUCAAUCUACCGACGACCUAAUCUCGAAGUCCUUUUUCGACGAUCCAGAGGACGACAUUCCCGUUAUGACGCACGAGCCUCUCUCUAUCGAUACCGCUUCCUACAUCCCGGCCAACCAUCUUCCCCCCUCCCCUCGCUCUCUCACGAUGUGCUCGGAAGAUUCUAGGGUGUCUACUCCAGCCCGGACUCUAUCUUUCUCAGAACCCGAGACGGACGCCAUGGUUAUGUCUGGAACGCUCUCUCGCGGGUUUGACGACGAAGAGACGUCGCAAUCAGACGAACCCGCCACCCCAACUACCUCGAUAUCUGAUAUGUCAGAAAUAGGAUCGCUAGAGUCCCAGCAAGAGGAGGAGGAAAACGAAGAGGAAGAGGAAGAGGAAGAGGAAGAGGACGUCGCCGAUGAGAAGAAGCAAGCAUAUUUCAGGCGUGAUAUCCCAGAAAUCGUCAAGAACGAAUCAGAGAUGUCAACGCCUCGGAACGAGUUUGAUUCGGAAUCAUACAAGAAUAGUGAGGCCGAAAAGAUAGUAUACUCGAAGCAUAGCCCACUUCGUAGAGGUAUUCGCGAUGGAAGUCCAGGUCUGGCAAGAUCGCGACGAAGGAGUCCGGAAAUUGGACGGAUCCAGAAACCCUCAUCAGAUCCCACUAGAGUCAGGCCUAAGGGUCGAAGACGUAUCUAGGCACUUAAUGCCGCCCCGCAACUGUAUAUAUCCCUCCAUGAUGCCAUUGUACAUACAUACCCUUAACGCGCUAAGUUAUUUCUCCACUGUUACGUCUCUUUUCGGGUUGGGUUUCCUUUUUAGGGUUUGGUGAUAACUUCAAAUCGUGCGGAGUGCUAACUUUUCCAACUUACGCGACGACAUCCCCAACGGGAUAUAAUAGGUAUUAGCAUAAUGAAAGUACUGCUAUGCUGAUGUGUUAAUAAGGUAUCAUUCUACCCUAUAAUCGCUAAUCAUGAUCCGCUUAAAACUCAUGAGACAACUCUUGUCAUCGCUGAUUAUACUAUUUAUAUGCCUAUAGCAAACGAUAACACGACUGCUGUCUUACUCUAUGAUAAGGACGUAAGUAAAUGUUUGUUAGUGCUCUUAGGUACUCUGGACUUUCACAUGCCAGGUAGGUUUAGUACCUAAGGCACCUAAACUAGUCCUAUUUACACCGGCGGGUUGAGGUCAAAUUAGGGGACAUGGUGAGAUCAUCAAAUUCUGUAUAUAUGCGAUCAAGAAUCACGAGUCAUGAGUUUGAAAAUUAAGCAAAAAAUGUAUAAUAGCAU